AACAGGCUGAGGUUAAAAAAUUGCACAAAUAGUCUCUUCUUUUAUUUUCUUCUAUGAUCACUUAAUUGCUGUGAAAAAUACUUAGAAACAAAGAGAUAUAAGAGAAGAAGGUGGGAUAGAUUUAUAGACAUUAAAUAAUAUUAUGGAUUCUCCUCGAGAAUCAGCUAUACAGACAGCAAUAAGCUUCCUGAGGAAUCCAAAAGUAGCAAGAAGCAGUCUGAUACAAAAAAGGAACUUCUUGGCUAGUAAAGGACUGAGUGACGAUGAAAUUCAACUAGCAUUUGAGAGAGUUGGAAUAUUCACAAAAAUUAAUAUGAUAGAUACGCCAUUAGAGGAAUCGACAGUCAUAAAUGUUCCUUCACAAGCACAACCACUUGCGACCUACAAACAUCAAAUGACGACAUUUGAAAAAAUAAAAGAUUUGAUAAGCUCAGCAGCGUUAAUAAGUGGAAUUGCUUAUGCUGUAUAUAUGUUCUAUAAGAGAUAUAUUGAGCCAUUUUUGUUUGGACGUAACAAAAAAGGUGAUAAAAUGGAUGAAUUGACUAAAACUACAAAGGCAAUAAAUGGUGAGCUUAUCAGAGUGCGAGAGGAGAUAAAUAAUCAAAAACAGGCACAAGAGUCUGCGAAUAAAGUUGUACAGAAUUCAUUGCAGUCAUUUAAAGCUGAGAUUGAGACUAUCAAAGGAAUUUUAUUAAAUCAUAGAAAUUUCUCGUCCAAACCAUCAAUGUCUUCUGCUUCCAUGAACAUUCCUAAAAUUCCUUCAUGGCAACUAGCUACAAAAUCAAAAAAUUGUGAUGAUAAAAAUGACGAUGAUAAGCACUCAAACUCAAGUGAAAAUGAUACAGAAGUCAUUACUGAGGACCCACAAAAAUCAUCCAAUCGAUCACCAGCCAAUUCUGAUUCCUCACUCGAGAUUAUGUGAAAUAACUGCAUUUACUUUAUUUGAUUCUAUUUUAUACCCAUAUAAUUUUUGUGUAAUUUCAAAAGUCAUUUUUAAUAUGUUAAUGAUGGGCAAUAUAGUAAUAUAAUUAAUAAAUUUUAAAUAAAGACUUUAGUUUCGAAUU